AAUGUAGUGAAUUAGUUUAUCAGUGUUAAUACUUGAAAAUGUCCAUCCGGAAGAAACUAAUAAUUGUGGGUGAUGGCGCCUGUGGAAAAACCUGUCUUUUGAUAGCAUUUGCCGCAGACAAAUUCGAUGAACAGUAUGUACCCACUGUGUUCGAAAAUUAUGUAGCAGAUAUUGAAGUUGGCGGUAAAAAUAUAGAAUUGGUUCUGUGGGACACUUCCGGACAAGAGGCCUACGAUCGUCUAAGGCCCAUCCAAUAUCCAGACACAGAUGUUGUUUUGAUUUGCUUUUCUGUAACAUGGCGAGUUUCUUUGGAAAACGUUCCCGUUAAGUGGUGGCCUGAAGUGAAACACUUUUGCCCAAAUGUGCCCAUUUUGCUAAUCGGUACCAAAAGUGACUUAAGGGACGAUAAAAAAGCACUGGAAAAGUUAGAGAAGAUGAAGAAAAGACCAGUAACAAGAGAAGACGCGGAAACUGUUGCCAAAAGUAUAGAAGCAAUAACUUAUCUUGAGUGUUCUGCAAAGACUAGAUCCAAUGUUCACGCUGUGUUUGCAGAAGCAGCUAAAGCUACGAUUAGUGAACAAAGGAAAAGGAAGAAACAUAAAUGUGUAUUAAUUUAAUUUUAAAAAUGACGAAUAUGUUUAGUGAUAUAAAAAAUAAAAGAAUGUGAAUUAUGGUUAGAUAAGUAAGUCACCAAAAAUUUUUGUUCAAAAGGAUAACCAUGUUUUUACUUAAAAAAAAUAGUGGUAGUAAAUAUUAAAGAUUGCCAUGUAUUAUUGGUUGCGUUUGGAAUUUUUUAGGCGAAGAGUUUCUCGUGAACUAACCUUUGUGUUAUAAUUUUUAGAAAAAACUGAAAAUUGCUUCGGCGACUACCGGGUGACUUUUAAUGAUUGUGUUUUUUUGUCAGGUUGGCAACAUAUUUAAAAUUUGAUGAUGAUAUGCGUGAUUAUCAAAAUGAAAUUUAGUCACCCAGUCAUUUUCUCAUGACGAUUGUAAGGCGCUCAGAAUUCAGAAUUGCCAACACCAUAAUUUGUUUCGCCCGGUACAAAUAACAAAAAAAACAAAAACGAAUUUGGUGGUUCUUUCACUGAAACACUGUCACCGAAGGUUUCACAUUUUCAGUAAGUUUUUUGUAAGCUAUUAAACCUAUGCAGUGGUAUUUUUGAAGUCAACAACUUAAAUUAAAAAUAAAAAAAUUAUCCAAGGUUAUUUCGACAGAACUUCC